CGGAAGACAUUUGAAAAUACAAUAAACGUAUACAAUGGAAGUCAAUUAAGUUGAGAAAUACCUCAUAAUUACUUUGUCCGUUUAAAUAUUGAAAAACUGAAUUCAUAGAGCAGGAAAGUUUGUUGAGAAACUUAGAAAGGAUAUGUCGAUAAUAGAUUUAGUCAACGUAGAGAGGCUAACUGGCUACAAUAAAUUGGGUUUGCAUAAUGAACUUCUUGCCUGCUAGCUAGCUAACUAGCCUGCAGUGUGUUUUGUCCUUUUGGUAGUCGGUAUUGUGGGUCAUAGUUAACGCUGGCGUGUUAAUAUUAGAAGCUAGACCCUCUCAAAUCAAGAAAUCAAAUCAUAGUUUGUCCUUCAUAUCCAGUAACGUCAUGUAUUAGCAGGUGUCAGCUUUAUAGUGCGUUGUCGAACAAGAGUUGUUCAACUAGGUUUCGCGUAUGCUAACUAACAUGACUACCUAACGACCUGCCACCGCGCAGAGUUGGCUGUAGCGAUGCGUACAGGGCUGAUUAGCUAGCUGCUAGCAUUAGCUGUACAUACGCCUUGGUAACUUCAUGCCAAUGAGGAACAAGCUGGUAAACUACGUAUUCGCGAUGUGCCGGGGUGACUGCAUGCGGAGGGAAGGAACAGGGAUGAGAGUUUAAAGGACUGAGCUGGAAUAUCGCUGCCCUGGAACAGACCGCUGCACAGACCCCGGUCGGAAAAUGCCAAGAAGAAAACAGUCGCACCCGCAGCCGGUCAAAUUGGACUCUGAAGAUGGAGUGGCUGCAGUGAACUCUGGGAGUUUGGUGCUGGAAAGUGACUUCCUCCUGGGCCAGGAUCUGGAGUUCGGGGACAAUGACGGCGACUACAAGAUCAUCGCUUUCGACAAGGACUCGGACUCUGUUGCCGUGGAGAUGGGGCUCCCUGCGUACGGGCUGAGCGAUGAGGACUGCAGCUACGGGCGGCUGAGCCUGGAGAGCGAGGGGGAGGAGACCGAGGCCUGCGCCUGCUGCGGCCAGCCAAUCGAGGAGCCAUCCUCCCUGACCCCGCCCUGCUGCGGCCAGCCAAUCGAGGAGCCAUCCUCCCUGACCCCGCCCUGCUGCCGCCGCUGCAGAGAGGGGGAGGGGCCUGGGGGCGGUGACGGCGGGGGCGGGGCCACGGGCGGGUCAGCGGGCGUGGUCUCCGGCGGGGCGGGGCCUCGUAAGCUCCACCCCUGCGCGCUCUGCGGCUUCUCCUCCCGCUACUCCAACCACCUGAAGCGGCACAUGAAGACGCACAACGGCGAGAAGCCCUACCGCUGCCCGCACUGCGCCUACGCCUCCGCGCAGCUGGUCAACCUGCAGCGGCACCUGCGCACGCACACGGGCGAGAAGCCCUACCGCUGCACCCACUGCGCCUUCGCCUGCAGCUCCCUGGGCAACCUCAAGAGGCACCAGCGCAUGCACACGCACCACAAGCCCAACAAGUGCAGCGUCUGCGAGUACAGGGCCAGCAGCGCGGCCAGCCUCCGGCGCCACGAGAUGGGCCACAAGGCCCAGGAGCCGGAGCCUCCGGACGUUGCCGUGGUGUCGGACCUGACUCUGCACGUGAGCGAGGAGGCGGACUUCCUGCAGAGCUACGGUGGCCUGAAGGGGGCGGAGUCUGACUCUCUGCCCGAACUGCUGUUCCCCUUCUCCUGCCGUCUGUGCGGGGCGGUGCUGGAGGACCAGGAGGGCUCGUCGGCGCAGAUCUGCAGCGGCUGCACCCUGGACCUGCUCUCCAAGCCGUCGCCCGGGGAGAGAGAGGGGGGCGGGCGGGUCUUCACCUGCGCCCUCUGCCCCUUCUCCACCCAGUACCCCAACCACCUGGCGCGGCACAUGAAGACGCACAGCGGCGAGAAGCCCUACAAGUGCCCGCAGUGCGACUACGCCUCGGCCCACUUCGACAACCUGAAGCGGCACCACCGCGUGCACACGGGCGAGAAGCCCUACCAGUGCCACCUGUGCGACUACGCCUGCGGCAACCUGGCCAACCUGAAGAGGCACCAGCGCAUCCACUCGGGGGCCAAGCCCUUCCAGUGCGCCGUCUGCAGCUACAGCUGCAACCAGAGCAUGAACCUGAAGAGGCACAUGCUCCGGCACACGGGCGAGAAGCCGUACGGCUGCCAGCAGUGCCCCUACACCACCGGCCACUGGGACAACUACAAGCGGCACCAGAGGAAGCACGGGCACGGUGCCGACGCGCGCGGCUGGGUCAAGGUGCAGCUGCCCGGCGACCACGAACAGGAGGAGGAGGAGGACGCAGUGUAGAGCAGGGAUUUAAAAACACCAGUCCUGGAGGGCCACAGGGUCUGCAGGUCUAACUCCAGUCCAGGAGGGCCGCAGUGUCUGCAGGUUUAACUGCAGUCCUGGAGGGCCGCAGUGUCUGCAGGUUUAACUCCAGUCCUGGAGGGCCGCAGUGUCUGCAGGUUUAACUGCAGUCCUGGAGGGCCGCAGUGUCUGCAGGUUUAACUCCAGUCCUGGAGGGCCGCAGUGUCUGCUGGUUUAACUCCAGUCCUGGAGGGGGCGCCGUGUCUGCAGGUUUAACUGCAGUCCUGGAGGGCCGCAGUGUCUGCAGGUUUAACUCCAGUCCUGGAGGGCCGCAGUGUCUGCAGGUUUAACUGCAGUCCUGGAGGGGGCGCUGUGUCUGCAGGUUUAACUGCAGUCCUGGAGGGCCGCAGUGUCUGCAGGUUUAACUCCAGUCCUGGAGGGCCGCAGUGUCUGCAGGUUUAACUGGUGUGUUUCAGCACGAGUGAUGAAUUUAAGUCUUUCUUUGGCCAGAGUCCACACACCUUGUUCUCAAAGCCUUAAUUGGCUGCUGAUUGAACAGGAAACCACAAAAACUUGUGGACACUGUGGCCCUCCAGGACUGGAAUUUCACACGCUGUUGUAGAGGAAGAACAGGGGGGGGGGGGGGGGAGAGACUAUUAGCAGGGAGGAAGAGAGAGUGGGAUUGUCCUCUCCCUUUCAUCACUGUUUUCCUGCUGGAGGUGUUUUUAUUGGGGGGUAAAAUGACCCCCCCCCCCACCACCACCACCACAUCCUGCUGCCUUUGGGUUGGGAAGGGGGGGUUAUCCUGUGCCAAAUGGAGAGAUCCCCCCCCCAUUCCUGUGUACACUGUGUGUGUGUGUGUGUGUGUGUGUGUAUGUGUAUGAAUGUGUCUGUAUGUAGAUAUGUGUGUGCUUAAGUGUGUACAUAUCGCGUGCUAAUGGGUGGUUUGAAAAAUCAUGUUCAUUUUGAUUGGUUUCUGUUCGCUGUGAAAGAUUCUUCCCCUUAAUUUUCCUGAAAAAAAAGUCACUUAAUAAACUCGGGUGUGUCAAAUGUAUGAUUAAAAAAUAUUUUUUUCAA